CUGAGUGAGUCUCGAAGCCUUCGCAUCGGUGUGUAACACGCACACAGAAAAGUGCAGGUGUCCUGCCGUUAGGCGUCACAAACAGGACACGCCCCUGCGUCCCCCGCCGAGACAGUUUCCUAAGCGAUGCGAUGUUCUUUGAAGUUGCCAGUUUUAUGUUAGAAAAGCCUGCCAUUGCUCCGCCCGUCUUUGUGUUUCAGAAGGAAAAAGGACAAAAGAGGUCAGCUGGCGGCUCCAGCCCCGAAGGUGGAGAAGAUUCUGACCGCGAAGAUGGAAAUUACUGCCCUCCCGUCAAGCGAGAAAGAACGUCCUCAUUAACCCAGUUCCCACCUUCACAGUCAGAGGAGAAGAGCAGUGGGUUCCGGUUGAAGCCGCCAACGCUGAUCCACGGCCAGGCACCCAGUGCAGGUCUGCCGAGCCAGAAGCCCAAGGAGCAGCAGCGCAGCGUGCUUCGCCCGGCGGUGUUACAAGCCCCCCAGCCAAAGGCCCUCUCUCAGACCGUCCCGAGCAGCGGCACCAACGGGGUCAGCAUCCCAGCAGACUGCACAGGGCCCGCGACGUCGACGUCGCCCGACAACCCAGCCCGGAGGAGUCCCUCUGACGAGGCGCGAGCACCUGAGGAGAAAGAGCCCCAGAGAAAUGAGUCUAGCAAUACUUCUGAGGAGGAAAACUGUGAGAAAAAAGAGCAAGUUGCACAGCAAGCGUUCGUGUUCGGGCAGAACCUGAGGGACAGAGUGAAGUUAAUAGAUGAGAGCGCUGAGGCAGCUGACCUGGAGAAUGCCGGGCACCCCAGUUCAGAAACGCCGACCGCCACCAACUAUUUCCUUCAGUAUAUCAGCUCCAGAGCAGACCCCAGUGGGCCAGUGGCGCUCGGCUGCCUCUGUGACCCGCCAGGUUCCGCGGCCGCGGUCACAGCGCCUCUUCUCUGCAGUUUAGAGAACUCGACCAACAGUGCCGACACCGCCAGCAACAAGUUUGUGUUCGGCCAGAACAUGAGCGAGCGCGUGCUGAGCCCGCCCAAGCUAAACGAGCUCGGUUCCGAUGCCAACAGGGAAAAUUCGGCUGCCGAGUCCGGGUCCGAGUCCUCGUCCCAGGAGGCCACCCCUGAGAAAGAGUCCCUGGCCGAGUCGGCGGCCGCCUACACCAAGGCCACGGCGCGCAAGUGUCUGCUGGAGAAGGUGGAGGUCAUCACCGGGGAGGAGGCAGAGAGCAACGUGUUACAGAUCCAGUGCAAGCUGUUUGUCUUUGACAAGACCUCGCAGUCGUGGGUGGAGAGAGGCCGGGGGCUGCUCAGACUCAACGACAUGGCGUCGGCCGACGACGGCACGUUACAGUCCCGACUAGUGAUGCGGACCCAGGGCAGCCUGAGGCUGAUCCUCAACACCAAGCUGUGGGCGCAGAUGCAGAUGGACAAGGCCAGCGAGAAGAGCGUGCGCAUCACCGCCACGGACGCCGAGGACCAGGGCGUGAAGGUCUUCCUGAUCUCGGCCAGCUCCAAGGACACGGGCCAGCUGUACGCGGCCCUGCACCACCGCAUCCUGGCUCUGCGCAGCCGCGUGGAGCAGGAGCAGGAGGCCAAGACGCCUGCCCCGGAGCCCGGGGCGGCGCCAUCCAACGAGGACGACAGUGAUGACGACGAUGUCCUGGCUCCGUCAGGAGCCUCCGGAAGCGGCGCUGGUGACGAAGGGGACGGGCAGACGGCCGGGAGCACAUAGCGCCGGGAGCCGGCUGCCCGCGAGCCUGCUGCUUUGUCCGUCUGUCCGCCCGCCCGCCCGCCCUUCCUGCCAUCAGCGUCGAGGCGCGGGGCUCGGGAACCACACUCCCCACGGGGUUGGCCACAGUCCGGAUCCGCACGUCCCGUUCAGAAGCAGACUCGGGAACUGCCUGAAUGUGGUUGGGACACGAGACCUCAUCAUAUUGAUGAGCAAAGCAAAAAGAACAUUUCUUCCCUCCCCUCCUUUGAAUUGAAAUGGCACAUUAAGACUUGUCACGGCUUCUCACUGGGA